CUUGCUGGUCCGCGUUUUCUUUUUCCUUUCUUUGUCUGUCUCUUUAUAUAUGGAAGAAUGAGCGAAUAUAACUAUGUGUCAACUACGCAGCCACCAACCGCGAUCCAUGGUACAGCAAGAGGCAAUUUCCUCGUUCCCAAUGAAGAAUGUUUGAUUGUCAGCAAGAGCACACGAAUAGAAUUCUAUAAAAUUACCAGUACUGGAUUAUCACUCGAACUUGAAUUUGGAGUCUUUGGUCGCGUUGAAUCCCUUGCUGUUUGCAAUGCCUCUUCUCGAGAACGUUGCUCAUUAUUCAUUCUUACGGAUCAAGAUCAAUAUUGUGUCUUGAGCUAUGACCCAGUGAAUUCGUCUGUGGUCACUGACAGUUCCGGAAAACUCGAACCCGAGAUCACACGGCCGGUGGAAGACCCUAUCAUCAUUACAGCGAGACCAAGGAAAGAUGUGGUGAUUGCCAGUAUUCACGGUGGAUUCCUUCAUGUGUUUCCUAUCCAAUCACCCAAAUCGUCAAAAGGAAAAGGCAAGGCUGUGGGGAAUAGCCAGCCGUUCUCAGUGAGGGUAACGGAAAGCCAUAUUUUGUCAAUGGUGGUGUUGGAGAAUCCAGAGCGGCCUGUGGUUGCGGUACUCUAUGUGGAUGAAAGGGAAGUGCGACGCAUAAAGACAUACGAAAUCAACCUGCAAGGGCGAGAUCUGUUUGAUCGACGAAGCAAUGGUAUUGUAGCAGAAAUCGAGGUGGAUUCGAGUGAUCACUUUUUGGCCGCUGUUCCUGCACCUCAUGGUGGAUUGCUCGUCAUUGGAGAGCUCAUGAUUACUUAUCAUAAUAUGCGUGAGGAUACACGCAACACAAGCAAAUCAACCAGUAUCAACUCAAUGGUACCCACAGCGUACGAGUUCCUUGGGCCGAAUACUACAGAAUGCUUAAUAGGCGAUUCUUUUGGCAAUCUGCUUCAUUUGAACCUUACCAUGAAUUACAGCAACAAUAUAUCUGACUUGACAGUAAACUUAUUGGGAAAGACUUCUGUCGCCUCUUCCAUCACCUAUCUCGGCGACGACAUGGUAUUCAUCGGAUCUGCGUUGGGUGAUUCAUCCAUGAUCCAACUAAAAGAGAGGGUGGGCGAUACUACUUUAUUGGAUGUGAUAUACGAAAUGCCAAGUUUAUCCCCAAUUGUGGAUUUUUGUGUCUUUGACCUUGACAAGCGUGGACGCCAAACCUUGGUAUGCUGUUCAGGAGGACCGAAUAAUGGAUCACUACGUGUUGUACAAGAAGGCGUCGGGUUUAUCGAACAAGCUGCACUUCCAAUCCCGGGGAUCAAGAAAUUAUGGUCACUGAAGUCAAAGGAUGUGGACGACGUUUUGAUUAUAUCAACUGUUCACGAAACACGUGUGCUGUACAUACCGCCUGGCGAAAAGAUGAUGGAAGAGAUGGAGCUAUUUUCGGCAAUGCGAAUGAACGAGACGACCUUAGCAGUUGGAUCGGUUUCGGAAGGAAAGUUUCUCCAGAUAACGCCAUCCAGUGUCCGUUUGAUCAAAAGCAAUGUUGCUGGCGAGCUAGUGAGCGAAUGGCAGCCACCGUCCGGCGAAGUUAUCACUGUUGCAGCAGCCAACGCAACCCAGUGUGUCGUAUCGCACGGAAAUGGUACCCUGGUAUACAUCCAAGUUGCUGGCGAUGGUUUAUCAGAAAAAAGCUCAAAGAAAUUCGAGAGCGAAAUUUCGUGUCUGGAUAUAAGCCCAGUGGAUGAUGGCUCACUUCCGGCUGCUUACGUCGCCAUUGGUCUAUGGGGUGGCGAAAAUUUGCAAUUGGCACGGCUACCGGAAUUACAAGUAGUUGCAAAAGAUGUGCUUCCUGACAAGUUGGUGCCACGGUCCGUGUUACUCGUGGGCUUAGAAAAGAUUGAUUAUCUUAUGGUGACAUUAGGCGAUGGUCAAAUGAUUUCAUAUACACUUGAUGAGGGGUCGUUCACGAAUCGACAGGAAAUUACACUUGGCACGCAUUCUGUCAGUCUUCACGUCAUAUCCCAAGAUGCCAAGAAGAGCGUGUUUGCUGCAUCAGAUCAUCCCACUAUGAUCACAAGUGAGCAUGGACAAUUGAUAUAUUCUGCUGUCGAUCUCAAGGAUGCCCGAGCAUGUACGACAUUCAAUAGUACAAUUAUGCGAAAAUGUCUCUUGCUUAGCACGGGUGAUAAGCUUGUGUUUGGAACGGUAGACCCUAUGAGAAAGUUACAUUACACCAAAGUUCCAUUGGAUGAUCAGAUGGGCCAACGUCUGGCAUACCACGAUCAUUCGAAAACAAUUGCAGUGGGUACUUCACGAACCGUUCGAAAUCAAGACAAUGGCUCAGAAUACUCAAAAGGAUGGUUACGUAUAUUUGAUGCAAGAACUUUUCAAGUGCUGGACUCCCAUGCUCUUCUCGAGCAAGAGCUGGUCGAAAGCAUAACUACCGCAUACAUUGACGAUCUUGAACAGGAAUUUGUGUUUGUGGGAACGGCUAUUACACACAACGAGGAAGAAACACAACUUACGGGUAGAAUCCUUGCUUACCAAGUCGCACCUACGGGCGAAUACAAGCUAGUGGAUGCAUUUAAUGUACCUGGCGUAGUAUACUGUAUAAAACCAUUCAUGGGCUCCAUAAUUGCUGCAGUAGAAGGCUCCCUAUAUUACCUUGAAAAACUCAAACUUGACGAAGAAUCCGGCAGCAGAUUGAGCCUCGAUAUGAAGCUGCAUGCCAAUGUCGAAGCAUUGAGCAUUGACACUCGAGGCGAAUUUAUUCUUGUGGGUGAUAUGAUCCGCUCCAUGUCAUUAGUCAAACUACAAGACCCCUCCAAUGCUACUUUCCAAAAGGUCGCUGCUGAUUAUAGUCCAUGUUGGAUGACGUGCGUCAAAAUAUUACAAGAUGAUAUCUUCCUUGGUGCAGAGACAUAUUACAACCUCUUCACGGCAAAGCGAACAGCGGAAAUUGACAGUGAAGAUGAUUCUGCGCAUUCGAUGCAUUUAGAUAUAGUAGGCGAAUAUCAUCUUGGUGAUCAAGUCAACUGCUUCCGUGAAGGAUCAUUAUCACAAUGGGCGACAAAAGCAGGGGCUGAGCGUCGGCCGCCUGUAACCAACGUGCUAUACGCGACUGCCAAUGGUGCCAUUGGUGCAAUUCGAUCACUUACCGAGGAGGAGUACAAGUUCUUGUCUCUGGUGCAAACAAACCUCUUAUCAGUGGUGCAGAGUAUUGGCAACUUUGAUCAUCACAGCUGGCGCAUGUUCAAAAAUUCAACAAAGACAAGUGAGAUGCGCAACUUUAUUGACGGUGAUCUGAUUGAAAACUAUCUCAAGCUGACGCCAGAGGAAAAGCAAAAAGUUAUUCAAGGAGAAGGUCGCGGAGAACCUCUUUCAUGUACUGCCCGAGAGCUUGACGUGACGAUAAGCAAUAUGAAUCGUGGCGUCUAACUAGGAUCAAGUUAUGUGUUUCUCCCUUUCGCUUCUCCUCCUUCAUCUCUUGAUAUUAUUAUGACGGUUGUUUUCACCGUCUCAGUUCCUCAUCGUGUCGUGGUGUGUUCCUCCAAUGUAAAUACUCUUUAUACCGUCAUUCUUUAAACCAAAAAAAAGUGUCUCUGGAAUAAAAAGAAAUUCCCAUUCUUACCAGAUAUACAAUGCUGUUGCGCAGGCAGUUCCGCUCCCUUCCGCGAACAAUCAAUCACAUUUAUACCUGUCACCACGAUGAUUUUGAUGUUGUUGUUUUUUGUCGAUUUUGGCAAGUUUGGAUUAUAUGCUUAUGAUUGACAACGAUCACGCUUGAAUUUAUGUUACAUAGCGGCCAGCAAUAAGAUGUCUAUCGUUGCUUUUCUGGGAAAAC